AGCUUGACUUCUGAGACUCUGAAGAACUAUAAAUUGAGCCACACAAGACCCUAGGAAGGAGGCUCCUCCUUUAGUCGCACAUAGAAUUUUCUUCGGAGUCUAAAAAGAUAUGUCUAGUUGUCAGUUUCCUAAAGAAUUAGACUGUUGAUACUUACCAACUUUAAUACAGGAAAGGAUAGAUAGAAAACCCUGGUCCAUAUUAUACUGAAGACCAAAUUUGGUUACAGAAACUUGCUCAGAGACGAGGCCUGCACAAGCGGCAGCUGCGAUGGCAGAGGCUCCUGAGGAUGCCGUGACUCAGCCAGUAACAGUGAAGAAAAAGAAGAGUUUGUCCAUUGAGGAAAAGAUCGACAUCAUAAAUGCAGUGGAAAGUGGCAAGAAAAAGGCAGAGAUCGCAGCUGAAUAUGGAAUAAAGAAAAAUUCAUUGUCUUCCAUUAUGAAAAACAAAGACAAAGUUCUGGAAGCCUUUGAGUCCUUGAGAUUUGAUCCGAAGAGAAAAAGACUGAGAACGGCGUUUUAUACGGAUCUGGAAGAGGCAUUAAUGAGGUGGUAUCGGAUUGCCCAGUGUCUAAAUGUUCCAGUUAAUGGUCCAAUGUUGCGUCUAAAAGCUAAUGAUUUUGCCCAGAAGCUGGGACACAAUGACUUUAAGUGCAGCAAUGGUUGGCUGGACCGUUUUAAGUCCAGGUACGGCUUAGUAUUCAGAGCUCAACCUGUAGAAGCCACGGGAAUAUCUAUAGACCCUUCCACUGUCUGGUACCAAAAUGUGCUUCCUUAUUAUUUAAAUGAUUAUCAUCCCCGAAAUGUUUUCAAUGUAAAAGAGACUGGGCUGCUUUAUCGCAUGUUACCUACAAAUACAUUUGCAUUUAGAGGAGAGACUUGUUCGAUUGGAAAGUUGUGCAAAGACAGGAUAACACUGGCAGUUGGUACAAAUAUGGAUGGCUCCGAGAAGCUUCCUUUGCUUAUUAUUGGGAAAAACCGAACUCCGCGUUGUUUCAAAGGUGUAAAAUCAUUGCCUGUGUAUUAUGAAGCUAACAGAACGGCUUGGAUGACUGCAUCCAUAUUUGAGCAGUGGAUGCAGAAGCUUGAUGAGAAAUUUCAAGCCCAGCAACGAAGAGUGGUGUUUUUUGUUGAUUCUUUUCCAGCACAUCCAGAAGUGAAAAACCUAAAGUCUAUUGAGUUAGCAUUCUUCCCAUCCUGCUUGUCUUCCGGAUUUGUAGCUAUGAAGCAGGGUGUUAUUAAAAGCCUUAAAAUCAAAUAUCGACAUUGUCUUAUCAAGAAAUUUUUAAGUUCUGUUGAAAGUAGCAAAGAAUUUACAUUUUCGCUGCUAGAUGCGGUUGAUACAUUGCAUCUCUGCUGGAGAUCUGUAACCCCAGAGACCAUUGUUAAAAGCUAUGAAGAAGCGGGGUUCACGUCUCCAAAGGGGGAAAAUGACAUGCCACAUGCCGAGAGUGACGCUGCUCUUGACCUGGCUGCCCAUGCUCUGGGGGCAGGAGUCGAGCUUCCCGAAGGCUUGUCCAUAGAGGAAUACGCUGCCCUGGAUGAGGAUCUAGAGACCUGCGAAGCCACCCCAAAUGAUGAUGCGGAGUGGACCAAAGAAAGUAAACCAGAUGAAACUGGAUUCUAUGCUUCUGAUGAAGAGGAGGAUGACAGUGGAGCUCCAGAAGUGGACCCGCCCCUGCCAUCCAAGAAUGAAGCAAUCGAAGCCGUAGGCACACUUAAAAGAUUUCUUAGAAGUCACGAUAUGAAUGAUGAACUUCACAAUUCUUUAGCAGACCUUGAAAACUUUAUUAACGCUUUGUCACCUAAAUAAUCGUGGAUUGCACAUCUACGGAGCAGGAAUUUUUCCCCGUGUAUCUUAUUACUAAGGAACAUAAAAGGAAAGUAUCAAUUAAAU